AUGACAAUGUGGAAGGCAGCGCUGACCUCCCACUGUAUUCACCUCUAAUGCGGAGCCAUGUUUCGGUCUCUGAGACGCGUUCAGCAGUUUAACUGCAAACUCCUGACUUUACAAAGACUCAGCGUCAGCUCUAAAGCCCCUCUCUGCACCUCCAGAAUGGCCAGUUCAGAGUACAGGAUUGAGCAGGACACGUUUGGGGAGCUCAAGGUCCCAGCUGACAAGUACUACGGUGCCCAGACUGUCAGAUCCACCAUGAACUUCAAGAUUGGAGGACCGAGUGAGAGAAUGCCAAUCCAAGUGAUUAAGGCGUUUGGUAUUUUGAAGAAAGCAGCAGCUGAGGUGAACAAAGAAUACGGCCUUAACCCAAAAGUAGCAGACGCAAUCAUCCAGGCUGCAGAAGAGGUUUCAGCUGGUAAACUGGAUGAUCAUUUCCCUCUGGUGGUGUGGCAGACUGGAUCUGGAACUCAAACCAACAUGAACGUCAAUGAGGUCAUCAGCAACAGGGCUAUUGAGAUUAUGGGAGGGAAACUGGGCUCUAAAGAUCCUGUCCAUCCCAAUGAUCAUGUCAACAAGAGUCAGAGCUCCAAUGACACCUUCCCGACUGCCAUGCACAUAGCUGCAGCCACAGAAGUCCACCAUGUGCUGCUGCCUGGUCUGCAGACGCUGCAUGAUGCUCUGGCCGCCAAAGCUGAAGAGUUCAAAGACAUCAUUAAGAUCGGGCGCACACACACUCAGGAUGCGGUGCCACUCUCACUUGGUCAGGAGUUUGGCGGUUAUGUCCAGCAGGUGAAGUACAGCAUUAAGAGAGUUAAUGCUGCCAUGCCCAGAGUGUACGAGCUGGCGGCUGGAGGCACAGCAGUAGGAACUGGACUCAACACCCGCAUAGGCUUCGCUGAGAAAGUAGCUUCCACAGUGUCUUCACUCACGGGCCUGCCUUUUGUCACAGCCCCCAACAAGUUUGAAGCUCUGGCAGCCCACGAUGCUCUGGUGGAGCUGAGUGGAGCACUGAACACAGUGGCCGUCAGCAUGAUGAAGAUUGCCAACGACAUUCGUUUCCUGGGUUCAGGGCCCCGCUCUGGCCUGGGGGAACUCAUCUUACCUGAGAAUGAGCCAGGAAGCAGUAUCAUGCCAGGUAAGGUGAACCCCACCCAGUGUGAGGCCAUGACCAUGGUGGCAGCCCAGGUGAUGGGAAACAAUGUCGCAGUCACCAUCGGAGGCAGCAAUGGACACUUUGAGCUCAAUGUCUUCAAACCUAUGAUCAUCAAGAAUGUGCUGAACUCUGCACAGCUGCUGGGUGAUGCCUCCGUCUCCUUCACCAACAACUGUGUGGUGGGCAUCCAGGCCAACACAGAGAGGAUCAACAAGCUCAUGAAUGAGUCUCUCAUGUUGGUCACAGCUCUUAACCCACACAUUGGUUAUGACAAAGCUGCCACCAUCGCCAAGACUGCUCACAAGAGGGGGUCGACGCUGAAGGCCAUAGCUGUGGAGCUGGGCUACCUGACAGAGGAGCAGUUUGACCAGUGGGUGAAGCCAAGUGAAAUGCUGGGGCCAAAAUGAACAUUCUUAACACCAACUAAUUCCCCUUGGACUACUGUACCUUGUCUCCCUUGGUUUACAGUGUGUUUGUCCUGUGUUCCAGUUCGAAUGAAAAUACACAAGAAUUUAAAAAAAAACUCUGGUUUUCUGAUAUUUUUCUUACAUUAGUUUACACACUUGUUUUUCUAACUUAUAACGCAUCAGCCAACAUUCUUAUUCCAUCAUUAGGGAUGAAAGAGAAAGAAGCAUGUACAAUCCGUUUUCUUUAUAAUAAUACUCUAUAUGUACUUAUACAGCACUUGUCAAAAUGAAAUGACAGUGAUUCACAAAUAAAACCAUUCAUACUUAACAAAUAAAACCAUAAGUUAAAUUUGAAGAACCGAAAACAUACUGGAAGCCAGUUUAAAGAGGCUAAAAUAGAACCAGAAAUAAUAAGAUGAACAAAUGCAGGCUGGUCAAGGUUUAAAUAUGUAUUGAUAUGAUAAUGUAUACAAAAAAAAGCACAUUUAUAAAUGAAAAAAUAUGUUAUGUACAAGUUUUGAGUACAAGUUGUAAAAGGUGAACAUUUCCUCCUCUUCUAUUUGGUCCAGCUGACCUUGGGAAUAUCAUAGUGCUCUCUGUCAGGGUGUCCAGGCGACAGUUGAAACCCUAUAGACAAAUGAAACAAUAGGAGAUAUGUUAGUUUAUUCUGAAGUCAAAACCUGAGCGUGUUCUGUGUGCAACUCGGGGAAAAAUGUUGACUGUAUGUCAGUCACCCAAAUUCCUAUAUUAACUUUAAUAAUUGUGUUGUUUUAUGAGUUUGAAUGAUUCUCUGCAAGGUCUGAUGCCAUAUUUACCUCAACGUGGUCUUUGUGUCUUUGAAGCUUUGUUUCAUGAUCCACCUGCUGUAAGUAAAGAGACAAAUAGACAAAUAAAUGUCUACAACAUUGUGCACAAUCGCUGUGACUUAAAAGUACAAUAAAAUCCUCUUCACAUACAACUGAA